AUGAGUUAUUUAACUUUCAGACAUGAUCGCUCGCCCUACCGUUCUUCACGUAGACGCCGUUCGCGGUCAAGAUCCCACAGUACAGACCGACAUCGUCGUCAUAGGCACCACAGACGUGAUCGUGAUAAGUCUCCUGGUCGUUCUCGUACUCCUCCGAGGUCGUCCCGCCAUCCCAGGAGUUCAGAGCUCACCAGUUCUUCGGCUAAUUCGUUCAGUUCCUUACUUAGCAAUUCUUCUCAAAAGGAGUCAAGAAGUGAUCGAGUAUCUUCUAUCGCUCUAGAAGCUCUUUCCAGGCUUAAAUCCGCCGCAAAUGGUUCUUCUGGUCUUGAAGGUGCAUUAAUACUUGAUGCGUCGUUGGAUAAAGAUGAGGCACAGAAGCGAUUGGAAAUAGAAAUGCAGAAGAGACGUGAGCGCGUCGAGCGUGAGCGUCGUGAGAGACGACUGAAGCAGGACGUAGUGACAGCCCACAGCAAGCUCCUAGACGGAAUAAAAGUGCGAAAUGUUAAGAAGUGGUCCCUGGACGACGAUGAUGAAGAUGAUAUUCCCUCACCUCCCUCCGCUGUUAAAGAUGACCUAUCGGUUCCAUCUAAUGAUACAGAGAAACAGGAAGAGGAGGAAGAAAUCGACCCUCUUGACGCCUAUAUGCAGGUGAGUACUUUACUAGCUUGA